AUGGCGGUGGAAAACUACGACAUCGUUAUCGUUGGCGCGGGACCCGUUGGUCUUUGUCUCUCAACGUGCCUGGCGAGAUGGGGUUACAAGAUCAAGCACAUCGACAAUCGUCCGGAACCGACCGCCACUGGACGGGCGGACGGAAUUCAGCCACGUUCUCUGGAUCUUCUCCGGAACAUGGGCCUUAAGCGCAAGAUUAUGGAAUAUGAACCUGCGAAGGUUUAUGAGGUGGCUUUUUGGGAUCCAGCGCAAAAGGGUAUCCACAGGACAGGUACUUGGGCUAGUUGUCCUAAGUUUAUCGAUGCGCGGUACCCAUUUACUACGCUUCUUCACCAAGGCAUGAUCGAGCGGACGUUUAUUUCAGAUAUUGAGAAGCACGGCAAUGGCAUCCAAAGACCCUGGACAAUCAAGGGAUUCAAGAACGAUGGCAAGGACCAGACAUAUCCUGUUGAGGUCAGCUUGGCGCAUGUUGAUGGUACAAUGGAGGAGACUGUACGCGCGAAGUACUUGUUCAGUGGAGAGGGAGCGAGGAGUUUUGUGCGUGAUCAACUGGGUGUCAAGAUGAUCUACAAGGAUCCUAUUGCGCAUGUUUGGGGUGUCAUGGACGGAGUAGUCAGGACGAACUUCCCAGACAUCAAGAUGAAAUGCACAAUCCACUCCGACAACGGCUCCAUUAUGAUUAUCCCACGUGAAAACAACAUGGUCCGCUUGUACAUCCAAGUCGCAUCCUCGACUGAUAAAGACUGGGACCCGCGGAAAUCUGCCUCCGCAGAAGAAGUUCAAGCACGUGCCAAAAAGAUCUUCGAACCAUACACCAUCUCAUGGGAUCGCGUGGAAUGGUACUCAGUCUAUCCGAUCGGCCAAGGUAUUGCUGAACGCUACACACUCGACGAGCGCGUCUUCAUGGGUGGUGAUGCAUGCCACACACACAGCCCCAAGGCCGGCCAGGGUAUGAACACAGCCUUCUUGGAUGCAGUGAACUUUGCAUGGAAGAUUCAUCAUGUAGAGAGUGGCUGGGCACCGCGCUCCCUCCUGUCAACAUAUGAGUCUGAACGUAAACUCAUUGCCGAAACUCUCCUCGACUUUGACGCCCGGUACGCAAAACUCUUCUCUGCACGGAUACCCUCAGCUGGUGAAGUCGCCGGUGCAUCAACAAAAGAAGCAGCAGAAGACAACGAGUUCAUCAAGACGUUCAAAGCAAGCUGCGAAUUCACCAGCGGAUACGGCGUCGCGUAUAAACCCAACAUGGUAAACUGGGGCCCAGAACACCCCGCACAGCACCCUCUCAUCUUAUCCUACGAGAAGGGUACAACCCAACGAACAGGAAGAAUCAUGACACCAGCAACCGUCACCCGAGUCGCAGAUGCCAACGUCGUACACUUGGAACAGGAAAUCCCCAUGAACGGCUCCUACCGUAUGUUCAUCUUCGGCGGUACCUUGGACAAGAGUGCAACAGCACUCAAGGAUCUAGCGACGCAGAUGUCGUCCCCAACGUCCUUCUUCAGCACAUUCCUCCACCGCGACCUCAAGGAGAAGGACCGUUACCACGAACGCCACAACCCACAUACUGAUUUCCUCACCCUGGCCCUUGUCUUCUCGGCGCCGCGCUCAAGUAUCCAUAUUGAUGAGCAAUUGCCUCAGCCGUUUAACCGCUAUGCUGAUCACGUUUACGCGGAUGAUGUCUGGGACCAGAGGGUGCCGGAUGCGAAGGCUGCGGCGCACGCUAAGAUGGGACUUGAUGAAGAGAGGGGAGGUGUGGUCGUUGUCAGGCCGGAUGGGUAUGUCGGUGUUGUUGUUAAGCUAGAGGAAGGGAAGGGAACGUGUGAGGCGUUGGAUGCGUGGUUUUCGGGGGUCACGGGGAAGAGGCUUGGGGGUGAGCGGGCGAGUUUGUAA